AUGAACACUGAGCAGCAGCACUUCAAGGAGAUUCACCGCGAGGCGGUCAUCUUAGCGGAGAUGAAGCGACGACUUGGUCUCUCGGUCACCACAGCCGUAUUGUCCUCAGCCGCCGCCCAUGCGUCGGCAGCGACGACGGCAACAGUGCUCAAGUCUUCGGAGGAAGAAGUUGCCCGCAAUGUGUACGACAUGUAUGGGUUGUCCAUGGCGACGGUGAAUGCAUAUCUGUUACGCUACCUGCGCUCCAAGGGUCUCAACAUCGAUGAUGCUGUGGCGAAGCUGCGCCGCCGUCGCGCCUUUGAGCAGACACUCCCGAUGAUCAGUAUCACUCCCACCACUGUCGCGGCGCUGCGCAGUGGGGCCUUUUAUCUGCUGAACCGCGACCUUGAGGGCCGACCGGUGCUGUACAUCAACAUAGCCGCCUUCACACUGCCCACGCUAGAACUGGACGAGGCACAGCGGGUACUUGUAAUUAUUUCUGAGUUCAUGCAAGCUCAGUGUCUGCUGAAGAACAACGAAGAUGCGGCGGAGCAGCAGCAACGCCGUCGCCAGUGCGCCAAUUCCACCGCGGCAGCGAACUCACUUGUCAAUGGCAGCCGCGAAAACAACGGAGGCGGAACGACUGCCGCGGCGCAGGCAGUGGCCGAGAUGGAGGAGGCCGUCAGUCACCUCCAGCAGUUCACGCUGCUCAUCAAUGAGGAAGGGGGGUCGUGGGCGUUACAGGCGUCCUUCCUUAAUAACCUCAGCAUCCUUCUUGGAAUGCUCCCUAAGUACUACCCGCUGAUGCUCGGCGCCGCUCUGGUCCUCGGGGCCUCCUUUGAAGUACGCACCGCCAUCAAGGCAUGCCUCAGCAGCAGCUCCGCGGAUGUGCGGGAGUCGGUGCAGAUGAUCGAGAGGGACGACCUGCCGCGGUACAUGGACGCCCGCAACAUCCCCAUCGAGCUCGGUGGUCGCGCUCAGCUUGUCGGAAGCUCCAUGCACUUUUCGGAUGCAGUGCUGCGGCACUGGUUUGCACUCACGACACGAAUCGAAGAGGAGCGCGUGUGCGGCGGGAGUGUCCCCGAUUCAAAGGCGGCACCAACCCCACCGGCAACCGCCGCAGACCCCACCGGCGACGCUAGAGCUGUCAACAGCCGCAAAGAGGGCAGGGGUGUUGAGACCAUCUCGCACCCGCUGCUGCGCCCCCUGUACGUGCCACCACCGCCGCUGGGGACGACGCAGAGGGGCAUUUCCCUCCAGCGGCACGCAAUCGAAUUCCAACACCUUAGCAGCAACGGUGGCAGCAUUGCCGGGGAGAUCGUAGGGUCUGGCUCGCUAGGGCUGAGGCAGCCUAGCAAGUGCGGCGGCAGCUCCAACACGUACAACCGAAGGCAUGACGUCAUGCCUCUAACUACCGCUGUCAUAACGACACCGCAUGGCACGCUGGCCGGACAGAAGGAUAUGGCCGCGGCGACAGUGACCUUCGGCACGCUCCGCACCGAAGACGUGACGGAUGACGGAGUUUGUUCGGCGCUCUCCGCCCCUGACGACUGCGACGACGGUGUCGAAGACGAGGACAGUGGCGUCGGCCUGCACACCCCGAAUUCUGGUGUCCCCACAUACCAGCUCUACACUGCCGCUUCUUCCUCCCUCGCGGGUAGCUUGGCAGCUGAGGGCGAGAUGCACCAAGCCUCCCUUGGCGCGAGCCACAACAGCCAUCACUUAACUGCAUCGCUGCGCAAUCCUGCAUCGGCGACCAUGUCGCGCGAAGAAGCGGCUCACUUUGUCGACUACCCAGACGACGCGAUCGCGGCGCUGCGGCAGGAGCGUCGGCGGCGUCAGCGCGCGGAGCAGGCAUUGCAGUUUCGAGACUUAGGGGUCGCACUGGACAUGCGGAACGCCUCCAGAAUCGAAAGGGAGCUAGCGGCCAUGCACCAAGACCUCAACGUGCUGGUGGCGGAAAUAUUGGUCAAGGCGGAGGCAGCUAGAACGCGGCAGAAUGCGCCACCGACGCUCAAACAGCUGCUAGAUCUGACUCUCACCGCCUUUGAGAACGCUACGCGCACACCGUCAACAGUGCCCGCCAUGGUGCUGGCGGAGCCAGCGCAGCGUGAUGCCGUGAGCUCAAGGUGCUGUAUCUUCAUGUAG